AUGUCGAGGCGCAAGCAGGCGAAGCCGCAGCACAUCAAUUCGGACGAGCAGCAAGCGCCGGACGGAGCAAAUGGGAGUCCACAAGACGACCCAGGUGACAGAGAUGGUGAAAUGAGUUCAAAAAGGUGCCGAAUGGAUGAAACCAAUGUCUGUGAGAAAUGCUGUGCAGAGUUCUUCAACCUCUCUGAAUUCCUUGCGCAUAAGAAAAAUUGCACUAAAACGCCACCUGUCCUAAUCAUGAAUGACGGCGAGGGAGCCAUGCCGCCAGAGGACUUCCCUGAUAGCUCCUCGGAGAGCUUUGCGAACAAUCGGAUGAAUAGACCUGCCAAGGACAGUCAUACCAAGAGCUGCUCUGGUUCUGUGGAAGAGAGGGGACAGAAAGCUGGCGCCGAGCCAGUGGGAGGAAUGUAUCUGAAAUCGGAGCCCUCUGUUGCCCCUACAGCUCACAGUUUAAGCUAUUUGCCCAAACCUAAAGUUCCAAACACUAAUGUGACUUUGCAGACUCUCCGUGGCACUAAAGUGGCCGUCAACCAGUGUGCUCCUGAGAGCCUUUCUCCAUCGGCAGCUGGCCUCCAUGCCAUUCCGAUGAUCCUUGAGCAGCUUGUGUGCCUCCAGCAACAGCAGCUCCAGCAGAUCCAACUGACAGAGCAAAUCCGCAUCCAGAUAGCCAUGAUGGCUCCCCACGUUCUUCACCCCUCCAUCGCCACUGCUGCAGAUCCCCUGAAAGCUUUGGGUGCUCACAUGUCCCAGCAACUCUCGGCUGCUGUUGCUUUAAUUGGACAGAAAGCUGGGAACCAAAGCCUAUCACUGGACUCCUUGAAACAAGGCAAACUACCUCAUCCGAACGUUGGCAUUCCAGUGGCUGUCUCCAUGGCCACUGGGCAUGUGCCUUCCAUUUCCUUGAAGCCCGAGGUAAACAGGGGUCUGCCAAACUCCAUGUCACGCUUCCCAAGCCCUUUGCUACCUCAGUCAUCCAACUCGGUCAUCUUCCAAAACUCACUUCCUGCUGUUUCCCCAGCAGUUGACCCCACAAAGAAAGGGAAAGGGAAGCUGCCAAAUAUUAAUAUGUCUGAAAGCAAACCUAACGUGGAAGAGCCCUUCUUCAAACACAAGUGCAAAUUUUGUGGCAAGGUCUUCGGGAAUGACAGCGCCCUGCAGAUACAUCUCCGCUCCCACACUGGCGAAAGGCCUUACAAGUGUAACAUUUGUGGCAAUCGCUUUACAACCAAAGGGAACCUCAAAGUACAUUUCCAGCGGCAUAAAGACAAAUACCCUCACAUCAAAAUGAACCCCUAUCCAGUUCCGGAACACCUAGACAAUGUGCCCACUAGCAGCGGCAUUCCCUAUGGAAUGUCCGUCCCACUGGAUGAGUCCAAUAUUAUUGUGGAUACCAAACCUAUUUUGACCACACUGCCUACCUCCGUGGGUGUUGGCUUACCUCAGAACGUUUCCCAUCUGCCAAGUGUCAAGGAUUCUCUCACUGGUGUAGUUGUGAGUGACGUGCACAUGCAGCCAAGGCCUUCUCCAGAAAGUGAAGGAGGUUCUUCAUCAGGGGCAGCCAGUCAUGAGUCAGGAAUGGAACCAAGCCAAAGUUCCCCCCAAGCUGGCUGCAGCAUGAGUGCCUUCCACCAAGGCAGAGGUGGUGAGCAAGGGUCAGAAACCACAAAGCUCCAGCAGUUAGUGGAGAACAUUGAUAAAUCCGCAGCUGACCCCAAUGAGUGCCUGAUCUGCCACCGAGUCCUCAGCUGCCAGAGCUCCCUUAAAAUGCAUUAUCGUACCCACACUGGCGAGAGGCCGUUCAAGUGCAAGAUCUGUGGCCGCGCUUUCUCUACCAAAGGCAAUCUUAAAACGCAUUAUGGAGUACACCGAGCAAACACUCCACUGAAAAUGCAGCACUCCUGCCCCAUCUGCCAGAAGAAGUUUACAAAUGCUGUGGUGCUGCAGCAGCAUAUCCGCAUGCACAUGGGAGGGCAAAUUCCUAACACGCCUGUUCCAGAAAAUACCCAUGACAGCAUUGACAUGGAGGCUGCUGCAGCUGAGAAGAAUGGAGAUCUGGGCCGUCCAGGUGAGAACAUAGAAAGUAUGGAGACGACAGGAGAACUGGAAUCGCAGGAUAUUUCCAGCCACUCAUCCAAGCCACCCACCCCUUGCAAUACUCAACCUGAUCCUUCCAGCUCCGUCUUUCCAAGCAUCUCCGUGCUGGAAAACCAGAUGAAAAUUGUGAACUCGUCUUUGACUUUGCAGCGUCAAAGCAGCCUGAAGUCCAGUGACAAUGGCUCAGCAGAGAGCGAUGGUAUGACUAACGAUUCUUCCUCGGUAGUGGGUGAUCCAGACUAUCAGAAUGGCACCCGGAGCCCAGUUGCUUCUGAAUCGGCUUCAUUCUCAGCAUUAUCUCCGGCCAACAGUCAAGCGGAGAGCACCAGAUCCAAGUCUCCAGGUUUUAACGUUCCAGAUGAUGGUGGUAUGGGAAGCAAGUCAGAUGGUCCAGAAAUCCAUCCUGUAGAAAAGGACAGUGCUUUGGACCUAACUUAUAGCAAUAUUGGUCGAAAGGUUAUCAAAGAGGAGCCUGGGCUACACUUCCCAAAUGGAGAGUAUGGCCGAAGCAGCAUCCAUGCGGCUUUUAUCCGAGCACCACCAGCUCUCAUCAAAAUGGAAAUGCCAAAUGAUCGCCCUAUUGGUGCAAGCCAUUUUAUUGGGCCCCCUGCAUUGUCUCCUGGUGUGCCUCCUCUUCUGGUGCCAGCCCCUCGUCGUACCGCUAAACAGCAUAUCUGCACUACGUGUGGCAAGAAUUUUUCUUCCGCGAGCGCUCUUCAGAUUCACGAACGGACUCAUACAGGUGAAAAGCCAUUUGCAUGUACCAUCUGUGGAAGAGCUUUCACCACAAAAGGGAAUCUGAAGGUCCAUGUUGGAACUCAUAUGUGGAACAACUCAGCCAGACGUGGAAGAAGACUGUCCAUUGAUAAUCCCAUGGCUCUGCUCGGCAGUGACCCAAAGAAGGUAUCGGAGAUCUUUCCGAAGGAUGUUGUGCCACAGUCAGUCAACAUUGAUCCUGCAGCAUGGAACCAAUAUGCUGCAGUGCUCAGCAAUGGCUUAGCCAUGAAGACCAAUGAGAUCUCUGUGAUUCAGAGUGGUGGAAUAUCUUCUCUUCCAACCACAAUUGGUGGAGGUCCAGCAAUCAAUAUAGCCAUGAAUUCUGCCACAGUCUCCAAGAUGGAUGGCUCCCAGUCCGCCAUCGGCUCAGAGAUGGAGAAGCCUAGCAGUGCCGCCGCAGGCAAUGUGCCAAAACGCCAAUUUCCUCACUUCAUGGAGGAGAACAAAAUUGCUGUCAAUUAA